GCAUGCGCUGUGUAGCAGUGCCCCAGAAGUGCUGAAACGUCUUUUCCGGCCACCUCACCCGCUCUCACUGUCUUGGCGGAAUCAUGUCGGGCGUGGCGGGAUCUGGCUCCGGUUCCGGCGCGGGAGCCGCGGGUUCGGUCGGCUCAGUGGUGCGGCGGUUCCUGGUGGAGUACGGUAGCGGCACGCCGAGUCGCCUCAAGGUGCUGGACGCCUACCUGCUGUAUGUGCUGCUCACCGGGGCGCUCCAGUUCGGCUACUGCCUCGGUGUCGGUACCUUCCCCUUCAACUCCUUCCUCAGCGGCUUCAUCUCUGCUGUCGGCAGCUUCAUCCUCGGCGUGUGCCUCAGGAUCCAGAUCAACCCCCAGAACAAAGGCGAGUUCCAGGGCAUUUCACCGGAGCGGGCAUUUGCUGAUUUCCUCUUCGCCAGCACCAUCCUGCAUCUUGUCGUUAUCAAUUUUGUUGGCUGAGCUCUAGAAGAUACUAUCAGGAAAGUUUGAGGAGUAGACACUCAGUGAUGCUCUGAACCAUCCACCUGCCUAAUUUCAUCCUUACUGAAGGAUAUCUUCCAGGUAGAAGAGGAGAUAUUUGAAUGCUAUUCCUGACUAGUCUACAGAAAAAGCCAACUUCAGAGAGUGAUUUCAGGGAGAGAGCAACAGAAGCCUGUUUCAACAUCAGAUCAAGACCUGGACUUUUUUUUUUUUUUUUUUUUCUCCAAACCAGGUGCAGUAGAAAUCUUAAACUGGCUUAACACACAACUUGGACUAUGUAUUGAUCCAUCUCAGUCUCCAUUGCCUCCAAAGCAAAAUUUCUCAAUCUCUGGUCAACCUGGAAUCAAGGGGAUAUAGCUUUAUCCUCUAUACCUCUCUUCAGCCAAAGCCAUCUGAUAUUCCACAAGCUAUAGUCCACCUGGAGUUACCCCCAGCUCAGAGAAAAGAUGUGCCCCAACACACACUUAUAGGUUAGUCUUGACCCUGAAGGAGUAAUUCCAAUGACUGAACAUUCACAUCUAAUGAUGUUUACUGGCUGACUUGCAAUGGAGGUUCCAAAAAGUCCCCUGCAGGUCCUGUGUAAUAUCUGUCAGCCCUGCAUGGAGGCUUAGAUGUCUACAGCAGCACUAGAAGUCCAUAUUUAGGUACUUUAUUCCCACCUUAGACUCCCAAUGCACCAGAUCUGGAGACAUUCAGAUAAAAGAUGCUAUGUCCUAGUCCAGCCCCAGCAAAGUCAUCCAAAGAAUAAAGUUUCUGGGACAAGAUUCAGUACUUGCACAAGCAAAUAUGUGGCUUAACUUGCUGGGUUCAGUCAUAAUUCUGGUCUUCCUCCCCAAAAUGAGUUUGCCCUUGCCUCUGAAAUUACACUCAGGGAUGUCACAUUACCAAAACCAUUAAAGAUGUUACUCACAAACCUUUGAAAGGGAAGAUUUCUCCCAAAGCAAAACCUAAGUUGGGUUAAUAGAGGAAGAUACCCAUCAUCCUAAGAGAAAUCAAGUGUUCAAUGGACUAAAUUGUUCUCGAACACCAAGGAGUAUGAAUCUUGGCCUUACACAUGACUUCCCACUAAGAAAAAGUUGGGAUGAAGUUUCCCAAAUUUCUUAGUGGGAAGCAAUGUCCUAUUGUGUUCAUGUGUAGAUUUAUGCAUGCAUUAUCUAAACUGUGAGAGAGAUUCAUCUCCUGUACUGCUCCUUUUGAAGAUGCCAAGGGAAGUUUUUGGGGGAUCAGAAGGAGCAAUUCUACUUAUCUAAUCCAGUCUUUAAAGCUCACAUGUGAAUGGGAUGAAAUUCUAUGGCUUAUCCCAAUUGCCUUUGGAAACAACAACAACAACAACAAAACUUGGAGUGGCUUCUCAUUACCUUUCUCUGCUAACCUCUAUCAUUUUCACAAAAUAUUUUUGUAUGCCUUUUUUUUCUUUUUUUUUUCUUUUUUCCAAGACCAGAGUGGGCUUCAGUUGCCAGAACCAGUUUUCAAUUUUAUAUGACAGAGAUUUACUUUCCAGGAAAAAAAAAAAAAAAAACAGAUAAUUUCAAUUCAGAAAAAAAAGAAACUUUCUGAAUUAAAGAUUAAUUAUUCAUUAAGUAUCAGCAAAGAAGUUCUCAUUUUUUUAAUGAGAAAGAACAAAAAGCACCCAAAAGAAUCAGUCCAAAAUAACUGUCUAAAAGCAGGUGAUAAAAGAUCAUUCUUAUGUUAUAUAGAAGAACUUCCAAUCUUCCAUUUGUAGAAUUGGCUCAGAUGUAGAUGCCUGUUUUGCACCAAAAUCAUAUCCUUUCCUGUUCUGAGUCUACUUAACGGUUACUUUUAAUUCAACAACUUACUUGGGAUUACAGGUAGCCUUGUGCCAUUUCCAAAAAUUAGUCUUCUAGUUGUAGUAUCCCACACACCCCAGUUUAAAUAAUUGAAAAUACCAUCGUCUAAGUCAUAUGGGAAAUUUCUUCUUGAUGUAGUAUGAAACUAUGACUUCAACAUGAACCCCGAGGUGCCUCCAAAACUUAUCCCCUCAGCCUAAGGCAAAAUUGCAGACACUGGUGUCUGUGUAAUGAAGUUAGUUCUGCCGAGGCUAAUAUUUUGCUUUUCAUAUCUAUUGCACACACAUUUUUACUGUCUGACAAGCCUCAACAAUGGCUAACAUCAAUGAUAUGCCAUGGUCAUUAACCUAUGAAAUUGUUGAUGUUGUCUCAUUUCCUAGUAUCCCCAGGAUUCCUGCUUCAUCCUCACUAGAAUCCUGUAGAGAAAUAAUCCUGAGUUCAUUUUCUUUCAGCCUCCUUUUCUCCCUCCUCAUCCAGAGUUUAUGUUCAUUCUUCAUGAAGAUAGACCUAUUUGGAAACACAGUCAGAGGACACUGCUCCUCUCUUCACAGCCUGCCCUCCAGAUCUUACUCACCUAGGUUGACUUUAAAUCUAGUCUGUCUUCCAAACAGGAGUUUAUUGUACUUUCCAAUUUCUCGCCUCAGAAGGCCUUUGCAAUAACUUCCUACCUACCCAUAUUGCAUAUGCCUAUGCAUUGUUGUAUAUUCCAGUAGCUCCUCAUUCCAAGUAUGUUGGAAAGCUGUCUACCAAAGGAUAAAAUACAAAGUUAUUUGAAAAUUCA